AUGAAGUGUAGUAGAAGAACACGAACACUGUUCCAACAAUUGGAAGGAAAGAGCAGAAAAGUCUGGUCUUCAUCAUUAUCCUCGAGGACUCAAUGUCGAGCUCAAGCAUUAUCUGCAGCAACAAGCUGUCGUACAACAUAUCAGCCAAAAAGAUUGUAUAGUUCGAUACAUGCAUCAGAACUUCAAUUUGGUCAGCCUGUUCAUGAAACCCAUCCGCAUUUAUUGAAUGCCGGAGAAGUUACUCCAGGUAUCACCGCGCAAGAAUAUGCAGAUCGCCGAGCAGAUUUUGCUGCAAAACUUCCUCCAAAUUCAAUUGCUAUCUUGAGGGGAGCGGAUAUCAAAUAUCGAUCUGGAGCUGUAUUCCAUGAAUUUCAUCAACAAUCAAACUUCUUCUAUCUUACUGGAUUUAAUGAACCAGAGGCCUUUUGUGUAAUCCAGAGGCUAGAGUCUGCAGACUUUACAUUUCACCUGUUCGUUAGGCCGAAAGAUGCACAAGCAGAACUUUGGGAUGGUGCUAGAUCUGGGGAACAAGCAGCCUUGGAUGUUUUCAAUGCAGAUGAAUCUGGAGAUGUCAAUCACGCACAUCUGUUUCUGAAGCCACUCAUUGAAGGUGCCAGUGAAGUAUUUAUGGAUAUCAAAGAAUUCCAGGGGACGACCGUAGAAUCGCAAGGUGUAUCAAAGCAAAAGGAACUUGCUCAACUCUUACGCGACGCUAAAGUAAAGAAAAUGAGGCCAGUUGAGUUAUUGAUAAACGAACUGAGGGCUAUCAAAAGUAAAGCCGAAAUUGCAAAUAUGCGAAAGGCAGGCAAAUUCUCCGGGAGGUCUUUUACAAAUGCUAUGCGACAGCAAUGGACCGAAGAAAAACAUCUUGGCGCCUUUCUAGAGUAUGAUUUCAAGAUUGGAGGUUGUGAGAAGAGUGCUUAUGUGCCAGUCAUUGGAGGUGGAAGAAAUGCUCAGAGCAUACAUUACGUUUCCAACAAUGAUGUUCUACGAGAUGGCGAGCUUGUUCUGGUAGAUGCCGGUGGACAAUAUGGUGGAUACAUUGCGGAUAUCACUCGAACAUGGCCCAUUAAUGGCAAAUUUACAGAUGCUCAGAAAGAUCUCUACGAAGCAGUUUUAAGAGUUCAACGAAGUAGUAUCGCACUAUGCAGAGAGAGCUCAAAUAUGACACUGGACAAAAUACACACAGUCACGAGGCAUGGUCUUAGCGAUCAAUUGAAGCAAUUAGGAUUCGAUAUGUCUGGAAAUGCUAUCGAUAUUCUCUUCCCUCACCACGUCGGCCAUUAUAUUGGACUUGAUGUUCAUGAUGUUCCAGGCUAUUCUCGAAGUAAACUUCUGAAGGAAGGACAUUGCGUUACAAUCGAGCCGGGAAUUUAUGUACCAAAUGAUGACCGCUGGCCAUCUCAUUUUUGGGGUAUGGGCAUCAGGAUUGAGGAUAGUGUUUGUGUGCAGGAUGAUUCGCCCCUGGUCUUGACCACCGAGGCAGUGAAGGAGGUUGUAGAUAUCGAAGCUUUACGCGAUUAG